AUGGAAGCUUCACGGCCGGUAGAGCAACACCCGCCGCAGCAAGAUGAUAUAGAUCAACUACCUCCCCCACCCGAACCGUUUCCAUUACAUCAAUUGGUUGGAACUUCUUCUUCUUCGGGGGUUAAUGGGAAUGGAUUUCUUACAAGGAGUGAAGGUAGCAAGCAAAACGCUCGCAAUUACCUCUCAUCAGUCCAACAAUCAUGCAUCAAUGCCCUCUCUUCCCUCUUACCCGAUCCAUCUUCCACUUCUACCUCGAAUGGGACCGGCUUAUCAGAGUCAAGUUCUCAACUAGCCUCGGCUCUCACAGAUCUUUUAGAAGUAACAUACGAACUAGACGAGUUGUUACCACCCUCUACAAAUCCUACGCCUUCUGCAUCACAUACUCACACUUUCCCUGAUAACCCCCAACCCGAUGAAGAUGAACCUCAGGAAAACAAAAUCAAGAAUUCUUUCAAUGCUUUGACAAAUCUGCUAGAGGGUCUGCAGGAUGCUAGAUUGCAGGAUGAUAUGGAAGUACCACGACAAGAAGAAUCGCAGUUAGAAAGGAAAGAAGGCGAAUUGCAUCCUGCUAUUAAAGUUGUAAGAGAAGAAUUAGCUUGGCAGAGGUUGGAAAGUUUGAGUUUCGCUAUAGUCAGCUUAUCAAAAGGUGGCGCUGCAUAUUCAGAUUCGGUUGAAGAACGGGAACAGGAUCCACAGGAUCCGAAGUUGAAGCAGACUAAUUCCAGUACUUCGUCAAUCUUCGGAACGGAUAAUGGAUUACCACCCUCCUACGAACAAUUCUUGAACCAUCAACAUCGACCGGUUUCUCAAACAGAUAAUUCAUCUUUACUACCUUCAUAUCAUGAUAUACAUUCCGACGAGAACCUAAACCCAGAUCAGGAUCAAGCUGGACCAUCUUCUCCUAUCAAAUCAAAACAACUGGAAGAACCGUCCCCGUCCAAUGGACCUACGGCAACAAGAGAAAAGAUGUUACAGGAGCUGGACUCGCUGACUUUUGCAAUCGAGAGACUAUCGUCGAUCGCACCGAGGUUACACGAUCAGAGAGUCGAAUUGAAGUUGAACCUAAAAUCUCCUCGAGGAGUAGUGGAUGAGAGAAGCAUGAGUAAAGAAGAUAAGAUGAAAUUGGAAAGGCAGAAGAUGAAGGAAUUAGAGGAGAUCUGGGAUAAGAUUGAGAGGGCUCAUGGGAAAAGGAGGAUUAGGGUAGAAGAUGGUCAGAGAGCUGAUGGAGAUGGAUGGGAGAAGCGGACGAGGGACCGAUUCAUAAAUCGUAUCGUCGAUCAAGCGGAAGCUAGAAGAUUGGAAGAUCAAGAUUCCAUGAUGGGCAGUGUGGACGCUGAAUUAGCAAGAGCCAGAGAUCUCAGAGAUAGAGAUCACUUCCUCCGUGAUUUGAUGGAUCAAUCGGGAGAGCGAAGACUGGAUGAUCAAGAUGCGACUGUACCGAGGGUAUCUGACCGAAGAGCAUCCUUGAUUGAGACUUUGAUAGAUUACUCGUUGUCAGGUAGACUACACGAUCAAGACUCCUUACCUCCUACACCUCGACACGGUUUAAAUGGAGAGAAAGUGGAAGAUCCAUUCGAGCUUGUCACCGUCGAAGACUUUUUGAUGAGUCGAGGUCCUGAUCGAAGACGCUCAUUAGGGGGCGAUGCCUUACUCCGAGCUUCCAGUGGUAGUGGUGAAGGCAGUGUGGAAAUGGGCAGAUCAAGAAGUAAUUCUAAGCUCGCUGGGCUGGUGAGAAGAGGAAGUGUCCAUUUGGGGCUAAAAGCUAGUUAUGGUUUUGACGUGAACAACAUCACAUACGUCGCCGAACAUCAAGAGAACCUCCGUUCCGUGCAAAUCACUCUACACGGUAUUGGCGUCUCAUCAAACCUGGAAUUGCAAGUCGAAAGUACUUCUUCAGAUCACGAGGAAGGUAUAAUCACUUCUAGGAAAGAUCCCUCAAUGUCCACUCGAAUCACUUUACCCGCCCCUGUCGAGCCUGGACAAUCAGUGAUAUUCACUGCUCAAGCACUUUAUCUCGAAGCUAAACUCAUCGCUCAACCCUUGCCUCCUGCUGCAGCAUCCCUUUUACCCACAUACCCGCUAUCUGCACCAGAACUACGCGAUAUUCAAGCCCGAGCGCUUUGCUGUACUUCGUGUGAUCGCGAACUAUCCACUCUACCAUACGAUCAUUGGGAUACCUCGUAUAAAGAUCUACCGAGUGAACACUGGGCGGAGAUGGUGGAAGUUUGGAUGUGUCAUAACGACCCAUCGUUCACUGCUCGACUCGCUGAACGGACGAAGGAAGGAUUCUGGCCUCAGGAUGGGGGUGUCUUAGUUGGCGGUAGUUAUCUGCUAGUUGGCAAGGAAAGGGUGAAACAGGGCAACAUCCACGUUGAGAAUGGCAGUGAUAGCGAACCAUGGAAUGUCGUCUUCUGCCAUUGUGGAGAAAUUUUGGGCAAACAACGGGCAAACGAUGAUAAGCCAGGUCAUGGAACUGUCAGGUUCUCGAAAUGGGCUGUAUCCCUCUUGGUGGAGAAUGAGGAGGAUGACAAGGUCGAAUACAUCCGAUCCCCACUCUCUCUCUUCAUCAUCUCGGACAUGCUCGAAUUAUCACAAGCUCAUGCUAGUCAUCGAUUUAUAAUUUCCGACGAAGAAACGGGCGAUAAGAAGAUUUACUUAUGGUUAUUCAACCCUUCAGUGAAAAUGUCAUACGCUCGACCAAGCGAUUCAUCCCCUUUACCAUCACCGUUAAGUAAAUCCACAACGAUAGAGCACAACGAGAGGAAUAGGAUUUCGAGAAGAUCUUCAAUAGCAUCUUCGAUAGGAGGUAAACAACCUUCUCAACCUUCAAAUCAUAAUGGUUUGGGUGCCGGUGCGAAUCAGAAAGUACUGCGGGCUUCAAAGAUCAUGUACAAAGUGGUUGAACCGUUCUCAGAGAAUGAUUUCGAAAGUCUACCUGGAUUUGGACCGGGCGGUCAAGUCGAGUCGCUCUCAUAUCCCUCAAAUGUCUGUGAGAGAUUGAUCGCGACGUUGAGGGAAAGCUCAGCGGUUUACCCUAUAGGGAGGAGGUCAAUGGGAGCUUUCGAUGCAGGAUUCUUGGAAAGGAAGUAG